UGAGAACAUGCACGUAAGCAUCUGCUUGCUUGCAUACGUAUAGGGUAUUAAUAGUUUUACUGAGAGAUGUCACAGCCAUCUGUAUAUAAGACUAACCUCUUCGUUUCUUACGUUAUAUGAAUGAUUACGUUACGCUUAUUUUUCACUAAUUGCCCAUUUUCUUUAUUCGCGACACCUCCCAAUCAACUGUUAGUUGAAAGAGAUCGGUCACGUGUACGGUCGUCGAGGUAUACCGUGUGUAAUAGCCAAAAAAGAAAGUGAAACGUGUACGAUUAUCACUUGGUGGAAUGUCAUUGAGUGUUCAAGGAUAAGAUUUGCAAAACGUAUUCUCGCCCCAAAGUCGAACGAUGCGAUACGAAGCGUAUAUGUAACGAAUAUGUACGAUUUCUUCGACGUCGUAUCGUUUCAAGUGUUAACUGAAAGUGUAAACUGAAAGUGAAACUGAAUUGAUAAAAGAAGAAAGGCCAAGGACAACGAGUAACAACGAUUCUUCGCAGAAUGCAACUGCACCGUUAGAUUUUCUCGCGGUUGCUCCUUUGUCGUAUUCUUUUUCACCUCCGUCUUAUUUCUUUUCCUUUUCUUGUCACAUUCGUCUCGACGAUCAUGUCAAAGUCUGACGCACCAAAAUUUGUAACUGCACUGUUUCCCUUCAAAGGGAAAAACAACGACGAAUUGUGUUUUAAGAAAGGGGAUGUGAUAGCGAUAACACAGACCGACGAAGAAGGUUGGUGGGAGGGUACCUUGAACGACAAAACAGGCUGGUUUCCAUCCAAUUAUGUAAAAGAAUGCAGGAUUCCAGAAAGCAGCAGCAUGUCUAGCGUGAAAGCUUCUCCAGAGAAAAUUCUGCAAGAAUCACCAGCCCAUCAAAAACUCAAUCGUGACAUCGUGUUAAAGGAUAUAGCAGACUCUGAGAGAGUGAACGUAGCAGAAUUGCAGGGUUUGAUAAAUAGCUUCUUGCAUCCUUUAGAACCUGCCAAUAUACUGAACAAAGAGGAGUACAAGCAACUUUUAGGUAAUAUACAUGAAAUUCUUGAGGUUCAUCAACGUCUACUAUCCAGCUUGGAAACAGCUAUGACACAAGGAUGCGCUACAAGGGUUGGAAAUCUUUUUAUAACGCUUGCUCCAAAAUUAAAAUCCAUCCAUACUGCCUACUGUGGAAAUCACCCGCGGGCUGUAUGCAUUUUAGAUCGGCAUAGAGACGAAUUAAACGAUUUCAUGGAACGUAGUGGAGCAGUAUCGCCCGGCAUAUUAGUAUUAACGACUGGUUUGAGUAAACCGUUCAGAAGACUGGACAAAUAUUCAGCUAUGCUUCAAGAAUUGGAAAGAUACACGGAAAAGAAUCACCCUGAUAGAGGUGACACGCAACGUAGUAUAGCUGUGUACAGAGAAAUAGCGGAUCGAUGUGCCUCGAUACGAAAACAACGUGAACUGGCGCUUCAAGUAUUAACCAGCGGUAUUAAAGGAUGGGAGGGAGAGGAAUUGAGCUCUCUCGGGGAAAUUCUUUACGUCGGGUCUGUUACUUUGGCAACCGGUACAACCGGAUUAGAUCGUCGUGACAGAUAUUUCGUUCUUUUUCCUACGACUCUUUUGGUUCUCAGCACCAGCCCGAGGAUGAGUUCCUUCGUCUACGAAGGAAAACUUCCAUUGACGGGAAUUACCAUUACCCAGACAGAGGAUACGGACGAAAUGAGAAAUGCAUUUGAAAUUACAGGGCCGAUGAUCGAGAGUAUAUUGGUACUUUGUGCCACUAAAGAAGAUCAACAGCGGUGGAUCGAACUUUUGAUUCAAGAACAAACGACGAACAACAGUCUUGUGAAAUCGUCGACGACGUCACGCAUUUGCAGUCAACAAAACGGGAAACAACAACAACCACAGCAGCAGCAGCAACAACAACAACAACAAAGAUCGAUGAUGGAACAUUGUCCCUCUCUAGGAAUUAGAACACCUUGGGGCAUCGCUUCGUUACGACCAGCACCGCCUUUCUACACUUUCAGAGCAUUUGGUAAAAUGGAUACCGGUUUGGAAUCACCGCGCACACCACGAUCGUGUAACGAAAGACAAUUCGAAGAGGAUGCGAUCAUAUUGAAGGUGAUCGAGGCCUAUUGCCUUUCUGUUAAUGCUAGAUUCACCGUUCACUCAGGAGAAUCAGCUUCAAUGCUGGAAUACGAUUCGCAUAAAGCACGGGACAGAACGUCUUUGAUACAUAAUCGAGGGAAUUGGGAUUUUUGUAGUAACAGGAUAUUGUCGGAAACGGUGAAAACAUUGAAAAGUCAAAUGACAGAUUUACAGUCGCAAAUGUCGCUGUUGACGAAACAGCUGGACGAAGAGAGAAGAUCGAGGCUAUCUUUAGCCGCUACGGUGAAACGUAGCAUGGGUGUAGUAGAUGGAUCGGUGCCUUGAUUGUUUCUCGGGUGACCAUUGGACAAAAAAUACAAAUACUUGACGUAAUGGUUGGUCGGUGUUUUAAUUACAUUCGUCGUAUGUAUUAUUCGGCAUGAUCGAAUAUUAGUUUUACAAUGGGAAUGUUCCUUUG